ACAUUAUGAAAUCGUGCGCGCGCAUUGCGCAGUACCAACUUGGCUGCUGUUGAAACGUGUGCCAAAAACUAACAAGCACCCAAAUUGUGUGCCUUCAGUUUAAAGGGAAAGAUGGCGGGUGUCCUCGCUAGGUGUACUCGAAUACCGAGGAGGCAGUUAGGCCUCGUCGGAACAUUCCUCAACGCUCAGCAGCCCAAAACUUAUUCGAAUGCUCCACCGGAGGGAAAGAAAGUUGGAGGAAAUCUAUCUGACGAGGAUAGGAUAUUCACCAAUCUUUACGGUCGUCAUGACUGGAGGUUGAAGGGAUCGCUGCAGCGUGGUGACUGGUACAAGACGAAGGAGAUCCUGGACAAGGGAGCAGACUGGAUCAUAAACGAGAUCAAAGUGUCCGGUCUUCGUGGUCGAGGCGGCGCAGGUUUCCCAUCUGGCAUGAAAUGGUCCUUCAUGAACAAGCCGUCGGAUGGUAGGCCCAAAUAUUUGGUGGUCAACGCAGACGAGGGAGAGCCAGGGACCUGCAAGGACAGGGAAAUCCUGAGGCACGAUCCUCACAAGCUUGUCGAGGGCUGCCUUAUCGCAGGGAGAGCUAUGGGUGCCUGUGCUGCUUACAUUUAUAUUCGUGGGGAAUUCUACAACGAAGCAUCGAAUCUCCAGGUCGCGAUUGCUGAAGCCUACCAAGCUGGCUUGAUCGGCAAGAAUUCUUGUGGAUCGGGAUACGACUUUGAUAUCUUCGUUCAGAGGGGAGCUGGAGCAUACAUUUGUGGUGAAGAAACUGCUCUCAUCGAGUCCAUCGAAGGUAAACAAGGAAAGCCCAGGCUAAAACCACCCUUCCCUGCUGAUGUCGGACUCUUUGGAUGUCCCACUACAGUGACCAAUGUCGAGACUGUCGCUGUUUCACCUACAAUCUGUAGGCGCGGUGGCACCUGGUUCGCGUCAUUCGGUCGUCCUCGUAACAGCGGUACCAAGUUAUACAACAUAUCCGGCCACGUGAACAAUCCAUGCACAGUUGAGGAGGAGAUGUCGGUGCCGUUGAAGGAGCUAAUCGAAAAGCACGCUGGCGGCGUCAUCGGAGGCUGGGAUAAUCUGCUGGGCGUCAUUCCUGGUGGAUCGUCGACACCGAUAAUCCCAAAAACAGUCUGCGACGAGGUGCUGAUGGACUUCGAUGACCUCGUCCGCGUCCAGAGCUCCUUCGGAACCGCUGCCGUCAUCGUCAUGAAUAAGCAGACUGAUGUCAUCAAGGCCAUCGCUCGUUUGAUCAGCUUCUACAAACACGAGUCAUGCGGACAAUGCACUCCUUGCAGAGAGGGUAUCAACUGGAUGUACAAAAUAAUGUGGAGAUUUGUCGAGGGUAACGCGGAGGAACACGAGAUCGAUAUGUUGUGGGAAAUAAGCAAGCAAAUCGAACUUCAUACGAUUUGCGCGCUUGGCGACGGUGCCGCGUGGCCGGUUCAGGGGCUGAUCAGGCACUUUAGACCGGAAAUUGAAAGUCGUAUACAAAAGUUCAAGUGCGUGGCUGCAAAUUAAAUGUAUCACAUGUAUAUUAAAACAAAAACAGAGAGUCGCGCGUAACUAGAUCAAUUAAAAAUAAAUAAACCACAUGAAGAAACACUGAUAUAAACACCGAGAGAGAGAGAGAGAGGGAGAGAGAAUACAAGAAAGAAUAAGAACAUGAAAAAAGGAGAAUUAUUAUUAUUAUUAUUGUUAUUAUUUUAUUGUAACUUGUGAUGUGUAAUAUUUAUCUCUUUAAUGUAUAAAUUAUUUUCAACAAAAGAAGAGAGAGAGAGAUAGAAAAGUAUAAAUUGAUAUACGAUCGGUGAAUCGAAAUUUACAUAGAAACGCGAUUGCGUGUUUGAUUCUUCAGAAAACGUGCUACGAAGAUUAAUCCAGUGUGUAUAGAUAUCAAGUUUAAAAUCUCGGCUGAACCACAUUGGGUACAGUUUGAAGUACAUAAAAUUGCAUCCAGCGAAAUGGGAUGAAAUAAAAAAAGCAAUGUAGAUUUGUACGUGGCAAAAUUUCAAAUUUGAUGAAACUAUC